AUGAAGUUCCACACAUCGAUUCACGGUGAAAACGUCAUCAUCGAUGAAGGUGGCAAGCUCGCGUCUCGGAAAACAUCAUUUUGCGACGGAGUAGUCUUCUUCGCGAAAGCGCUUUCGAUCGGUACGAGGUACUCAAUACUGUUGGCCAGUACUGACGAGUCCUGGAAUGGAGGUUUACGCAUCGGCCUGUCUACGAAAGAGCCGUCAACGGUACAGCCCGUCCCGAAGUUCACGUUUCCCGAGCUGACAGAGCAAGACGGGUUUUGGCUGGCAGCCUUGCCCGAAGAAUACUGCAGAGUUCAGUCACGACUCACUUUCUAUUUAUCUGGAAGUGGAGACUUGGCACUCUUCGUGAAUAGUGAUUACAAAGGAGUUCUUCUCUCCGGGAUUCCAACUUCGGAAAAUGUAUAUUGCUUCAUCGACCUGUUCGGCAUCAACACUUCGGCUCGACUCAUAUCUCACGCGGGAAAUACCCUGGUGGAAGUUCUCUCUCGGGGCCCAGAAGCGCUACGCGCCUACAAACAGAGCUGCUCACAGGGAUGCAUACCAUUACGUCGCACUCGACUAUUUCUCAUCGGACCCAAAGGCGCGGGUAAAUCUGCGCUGAAAAGAGCAUUACUUGGAGAAACAGAGGAAACGGAGGAGGAACCAUUCGAUACGAUAGAAUGCCUCACAUCCGAGGAAGGGGACGGCGCAGCGUGGACUCGGACAGCCGAGGGGGGAAAGUUAGAAGAAGACAAUCUCGAUCAGCGCUUGGAGAGCUUCAUCAGCGAGGGUCAAUUGGAAGAGGCUAUUGCUCGAAAUUUAGUCAAGGAACUAACGCUUUCUCGCCGGAAAAAACAAGUUUCGCAAGCUAAAUCAACGGGGGCCGUUUCUCGAACAUCUUUGCGGGGGAUUCGGAUGAAGCGGAACGAGAAUGCUACCCCCGCGUCGAUGUCCUUCGCUGCGAGCUCAAGCUCCGAAAAGGACCUCCGUCGGGAAGAUGCUCGUAUCGCUCAAGACUUACCCGAGAGCAUCUUGAAACUCGUUGACGGAUUCAUGAAGAGCGAGGCGAAACAAGAAUUGGACAGCAAGGAGAACGAAAAAUCCUCCGCGAAAACUCCGACCUUGAAAAAGGCGGUAGCGCCCUCAAAACUCACCGUUAAUAUCGUGGAUAUCACCGGCGAUCGGCACUUAUCUCUCAGUACGGAGACGUUUUUCACUCCGAACGGCGUCUAUGUCCUGGUGUUCGAUCUAUCGAAGGAGUUGGACGGGAGCGUGGACGAUGACAUCGCCUGUCCCCAAGAGAAAACAUACUUGGAGUACAUUCACGAAAUUCUCAUGUCGAUCCAUCUCCGGGUCGCACACUCUGGGACCGAUAUACCGGAGGAUUCAAAAAUUUUGGGGGAAGACGCUGACAUCAGCGGGCUGCAACCUCCUGUGGUUCUGGUUGGGACGCAUGCUGCAUCGCUGAGUCAGGAAAGGGAUGAGCGGCUGAACAUGGUCUCGGAGAAGUUCCAGAGGAUCCGGGACUCCCUCAAGGGCAAGACAUUCGCUGCGCAUGUCGUGCAGAUGUAUUUCUCUCUCGAGCUGGUCGACCAGGGCGCUGAAGAAGAUUCGUCGGUGGACGAGCUGCGCUCCAAGCUCGAGCGUAUCGCCUUGAGGUCGGGUGCCCUCGACUCAGACGUACCUCUGAAAUGGUUACAAUUCGAAUGUCUGAUCGGGAAGCUCGUGCAAGUACAGAAUGCUUUCUUCGCUGGGUUCUAUCAGCUGGAAGAAAUGGCCAGACAGGAAGGCCUCGAACACGGACAGGAGUUCCGCUCCCUGAUCCACUUCCUUCACCAACAAGGGAAACUCUUCUGUUUCGGAUGUCUGCACUCUUUUCAAUUGGAUUCGCAAUGGGACGGUGUCAUCAUACUCCGCCCCAACUGGUUCCUGAUGCGCUGCAUUGAACUUUUCAACACCUCCGACCGAAACGCCCUGAUGAAGCUCAGCAAAUCCUAUCUGUCGGAUCAAGUCUGGCCGCGGUUCGACGAUCAAUCUGGGACAUUGGUCUCCGUUCUGGAUGCGCUUGAUAUCAUUGUUGAAAGUUACUACGAGCCUCAGUCCAGGAAGACGCAAGAGCACAAUGAGAGAUGUUUGGCAGUCUUCCCUUGGGUGGCACUCAGACCAAUGACUUCACUUAGGUUCCAAUCGCAAUGUUCCAUGGACACGAUGGUGUUUUUUGUAGACAUGGGAAACUCACUGACAGAGAGUGUUUUCCACCGAUUCUCAUGCAGACUACUUCGAUGGACAGACUGGAGAGAAUGUGAUGUUUAUAAAAACUCGUUGGUUAUACCCCUCGAUGUCGACCAUACUUUGCUGGUUCGGAUCACCCAAAAUCGCCUCAUACAAAUAAUGGUUCAGAGAGUCCAACACGGUCGCGAAGACUGGCUCGCAUCUUCGCCACCACAACCUUCGAUAUGUGAGAAAGUUCGGCACUUAGUACAAGCCGAACUUGAAUCCUUACGGCAGUCAUGGUAUGCCAGGUUGACCUUUUCUCUGGUCGUGGCCUGUCCCUGCGACGGUGUCGCCUGUGCCCUACACGGCUUGCGGCCUUGCAAGACCUGUUUGCAUUUUCUCUCGCUUGAAGAGUGCAUCGCCAAGAAAGUCGUUCACUGUGAUUUCCGACGGGUAGAGACCGAUUUCAUUCGUGAUCAUUUCCCUCAUUCUGUUAUCCACGGCGUGGUUCCGGGAGGCCACCGCCGGAGCUCGCUCGGAUUCGCGUGGCCGUCAUCGCAAUUGACGCUUAGCUCUGACAAUCUAUGGGACGAGCCCGAAUGGACGAAAGAAGCCGCUCGGCUCGUCGGCUCGGACUGGGUGGCUCUCGCGAAGAGAUUAGGGUAUACCGACCGGGAACUGAGCCGGUUCUCCGAAGAACCGGCCGCGGGCCUGGCCCUCCUCCGUGACUGGAGAGAGUCCAAUGGAGCAACAAUGUACUCCACCGAUGUGCUCGUUUCAUGUCUUCAGCAAAUGGAACGGGAUGACAUAGCGAAACUCAUCCAAUCGGACGAGGCACCUCAACCGAUUGUAUUCAUCAGUUACCAGUGGCACUCUCAGGAAGCGGUCUUGAGCAUUCGACAGCGACUCGAAGCCGCGGGCUUGCCGUGCUGGAUGGACGUGGGUCAACUGGGCGGCGGGGAUUCCCUGUACGGGAAAAUUUAUGAGGGAAUUUCCCGUUCGAAGGUCGUUCUAUGUUGCCUAAGCGCAAGGUAUGCGGCAUCGGCCAGCUGCGCUCGAGAACUUUCGUUGGCCGACGUUUUGCGCAAGCCAAUUGUUCCCGUCAUGGUCGAACCCACACCGUGGCCUCCCCCAGGACCGAUGGCUGUUAUUCUAUCGUCACUCGUUUACGUCGAUUUAUGCGGUGUUGGAGGACACGGGGGAUACGGGAGAGACGCCGAUUGGAACUCACGGUGUCAAGAUAUCAUUGAGAGAGCGAACUCAUUAAUCCAUUCUCCACCAUUGGCGCCUGGACCGCAUUUACCGGGAGCACCCCAUCGAAAACUUCCUCAGGGGAUGUCUCCCCCAAAAGGCCGCGAAUGCUCUUCCGAUCUCCAUCUCCAUAUGGCAAUCCAUCAGAGGAGGGAUUCUACAUCUUCAGUCGGAGGUAACCUCACGCCUCCCCCCAUGGGAGCCAUGAGUGAUGCGGGAGACCACAUGAGCACAGCGUCUUCAUCCUUAGCGGAUCCCAGUUCACCACAACACGAGCCCACGACUCCGAAUGCCGUCCUGGAUAAUCCUGACGAGAGCUCGAUGCAAGUGGUUUCCGGGAGAGUUCUACGGUGCUCCGUCUGUUCCAUACUCUAGGCAGCGAUCUCUGAGCCUCGGUGAACUACGAAGUCGACUCUGCAUCUAGGUCGACAGACUUCCGGAGACAU